UGACGUAUCACAUGAUAGAGGAAAUUACAGCGUUUGAUAAAUAAACAAAGAUAAGAUAUUAUUAUAGUCAACGCAGCAGAUAUCAUUAAUGUUAGAAGAGUAUCAUAUAGAAGUUGAGAUAUAGGACUAUACAAGAUGUGGUUAGUUUCAUAUUUACUGGUUGUUCAAGGCUUUAUAUUUGUACAAUCAGCACAAAAACCAAACAUUAUAUUAAUUGUUGCUGAUGAUUUGGGUUAUGAUGAUGUAAGUUUUCAUGGUUCUAAUCAGAUUCCUACACCAAAUAUAGAUUCUCUAGCUAAUAAAGGAAUUUUAUUAAAUAAUUAUUAUGUACAACCUAUCUGUACACCUACAAGAAGUGCUCUAAUGACAGGAAGACAUCCUAUACAUACAGGAAUGCAGCAUUCUGUUAUUGUAGGAGAUCAACCAUAUGGUUUACCAUUAACAGAAACUAUCAUGCCACAAUAUUUUAAUAAACUAGGAUACAGUUCACAUAUAGUAGGAAAGUGGCAUCUUGGAUUUUUUGCUAAAGAAUACACACCAUUAUAUCGUGGAUUUAAAAGUCAUCUAGGUUACUGGCUAGGAGCAGAAGAUUAUUUUGAUCAUACAGCAGAAGCUAAUACGAAUCAAUAUGGUCUUGAUUUUAGAGCCAACAUGUCUGUGUUAUCCAGUGAAAAUGGUACUUAUUCUACAGAAAUAUUUACAAAUGAAGCUGUUAAACUUAUCAUGAAUCAAAAUGAAUCUGAGCCAUUGUUCCUGUAUUUACCAUUCCAAGCUGUACACAGUGGGAAUUUAGAUGAACAUCCCUUACAAGCUCCCCAAGAAUAUAUCGACAGAUUUCCUAAUAUACAGAAUAUGAACAGGAGAACGUUCGCUGGAAUGGUAUCAGCUCUAGAUGAUGGUGUUGGUGCUGUAGUAGAAGCGUUGUCAACAAAGGGAAUGUUAAAUAAUUCUAUUAUUGUGUUUACUACGGAUAAUGGUGGACCUUCAAAUGGUUUUGAUGGGAAUGCUGCAAGUAACUUUCCCCUUAGAGGAUUAAAAGCAACUUUAUGGGAAGGAGGAGUAAGAGGAGAUGGUCUUAUUUACAGUCCAUUAUUACAGAAUUCUCAGUAUGUAUCGGAACGUAUGAUGCAUGUUUGUGAUUGGUUACCUACUUUAUAUCGAGCUGCUGGUGGUGACCCCACUAUCAUGAAAAAUCUGGACGGAUAUGACAUGUGGGAUGUUCUCUCCAAUAAUCAACAGAAUUCUCCUAGAAAAGAAAUAUUACAUAAUAUAGAUCCUAUAAGAAAGCAAGCUGCUAUUCGUAUUGGAGAUUAUAAAUUAUUAUCUGGUGAAGUGGGUGUGGCAUAUGCUGAUUGGUAUCCACCAUAUCAAGUGGAUGAAGAUUCGUACAAUUUACAUGUUGAUAAUUACAGGGGUCAGACUACGUACGAAAAUAUCAGACAGUCGACUUUUACAAAUUCUGGACAUUCUAAAGAUGUGGUUGAAAUGAUUAUUUCUGAAAACAGAUUGAAGGCUGUUGCAGUAAAUUGUGGACCUAAGCCAGCAAAUGCUAGUACAAACUGCCGACCUUUGACCUCGCCAUGUUUAUAUCACAUUCCAUCAGACCCAUGUGAAUAUAAUAAUAUCGCAGAUUCAAAUAAAGACAUUGUUAUCCAGUUACUACAACGAUUACAAGAAUUAAGUUAUACCAUGGUACCACCUGGCAACAAACCGGAAGAUCCUAGAGGGGAUCCAAAAUAUCAUAAUGGUAUCUGGCAGCCUUGGAUCAACCUCUAAAUAUUGUAAUGGUAACUUGUGAUCAAAGUUGAGAUCAACCUCUAAAUAUCAUAAUUAUAUCUAUCAUCCAGGUACUAACCUCUAAAUUCCACAGUAGUAUCUGUCAACCUUGGAUCAACCUCUUGUCUAAUAGAAAGUAACUUUGUUAGUAUUAGAUUUCUUACGGACAUUGUGUUAUUGGUAUAAAACAUAAUGUUAUUGUUUUAUGACAUCAUGUUAUUUUUAUAUGUUAUUGAUCAUGUUAUUGUUUUAUAGACAUUGUGUUACUGUUAUAAUCAUGACAUCAUGUUAUUGUUAUAUGACAUCAUGUUAUUGUUAUACAUCAUGUUAUUGUCAUAUGACAUCAUGUUAUUGUUAUUAUUAUGACAUCAUGUUAUUGUUAGAUGACAUCAUGUUUUAUUAUAUAUGGACACCUAUAGACAUUGUGAUAUAUUUUGUUGGACAUUUUGUUUUGUCUGUGAUUUAAUUGAUAAAGUGCCUUAAAUUAUUUUGAUAAUUCCAUGUUUAAUGAUAACUCUAUUUUUAUAAUUCCAUCUUGUUAUGAAGAUUUAACUGACAAUGAUUGAUAUUGGAGUAAUCACUGUGAUGUGACAGCUGAUGUUUCUUAGUUUAAUUCAUUUUUUAUUACAUAAUCAUAUGUUUUAAAUAUUUCUCUUUAUUAACUUUAGCAAUGCUUCCUUAAUACUUUUUAUUAUUCCAUAAUCAUAGCAUAUGUUUAUUUUUCAUUUUUGACUGCAGUAAUGCUCCCUAUCAGUAUUUUAUUGGGAUCCUCCAAUAAAAUAAUUUUGUUUGUUUCUUGGUUGAUGAAGUUUUUAUUUUUUUAUUGUAUACUUUAAUUUUGACUAAUUAAUGUUCCCUAUUUUAUUCAUAUCAUUAAUUAAGUUUUGUCUCACAAAUUUAACAAUAAAUAUCCCCUACCCCCACCAGCCAUUUUCAUAUAUAUAAAGGGCAUGUAUCUUAUUUUUAGUGCAAUAAAUAUAGAAAUUGUU